AUGGUUUUAUUGAAAAAGGGCUACCAUGCUCCAAUGUAUCAGAGACGAAAAUGCAAACCGACGCCCCCGGCGGGCAAACCGACGCCCCCGGCGGGCAAACCGACGCCCCCGGCGGGCAAACCGACGCCCCCGGCGGGCAAACCGACGCCCCCGGCGGGCAAACCGACGCCCCCGGCGGGCAAACCGACGCCCCCGGCGGGCAAACCGACGCCCCCGGCGGGCAAACCGACGCCCCCGGCGGGCAAACCGACGCCCCCGGCGGGCAAACCGACGCCCCCGGCGGGCAAACCGACGCCCCCGGCGGGCAAACCGACGCCCCCGGCGGGCAAACCGACGCCCCCGGCGGGCAAACCGACGCCCCCGGCGGGCAAACCGACGCCCCCGGCGGGCAAACCGACGCCCCCGGCGGGCAAACCGACGCCCCCGGCGGGCAAACCGACGCCCCCGGCGGGCAAACCGACGCCCCCGGCGGGCAAACCGACGCCCCCGGCGGGCAAACCGACGCCCCCGGCGGGCAAACCGACGCCCCCGGCGGGCAAACCGACGCCCCCGGCGGGCAAACCGACGGAAAAACCGACGCCCCCGGCGGGCAAACCGACGCCCCCGGCGGGCAAACCGACGCCCCCGGCGGGCAAACCGACGCCCCCGGCGGGCAAACCGACGCCCCCGGCGGGCAAACCGACGCCCCCGGCGGGCAAACCGACGCCCCCGGCGGGCAAACCGACGCCCCCGGCGGGCAAACCGACGCCCCCGGCGGGCAAACCGACGCCCCCGGCGGGCAAACCGACGCCCCCGGCGGGCAAACCGACGCCCCCGGCGGGCAAACCGACGCCCCCGGCGGGCAAACCGACGCCCCCGGCGGGCAAACCGACGCCCCCGGCGGGCAAACCGACGCCCCCGGCGGGCAAACCGACGCCCCCGGCGGGCAAACCGACGCCCCCGGCGGGCAAACCGACGCCCCCGGCGGGCAAACCGACGCCCCCGGCGGGCAAACCGACGCCCCCGGCGGGCAAACCGACGCCCCCGGCGGGCAAACCGACGCCCCCGGCGGGCAAACCGACGCCCCCGGCGGGCAAACCGACGCCCCCGGCGGGCAAACCGACGCCCCCGGCGGGCAAACCGACGCCCCCGGCGGGCAAACCGACGCCCCCGGCGGGCAAACCGACGCCCCCGGCGGGCAAACCGACGCCCCCGGCGGGCAAACCGACGCCCCCGGCGGGCAAACCGACGCCCCCGGCGGGCAAACCGACGCCCCCGGCGGGCAAACCGACGCCCCCGGCGGGCAAACCGACGCCCCCGGCGGGCAAACCGACGCCCCCGGCGGGCAAACCGACGCCCCCGGCGGGCAAACCGACGCCCCCGGCGGGCAAACCGACGCCCCCAGGAAACUGA